AUGACCUCGGUAGUCCCUCGCGGCGGCCUGGGUCGUCUCCUGGCUUCGGCCGGCUCCCGUGGGGAGCUUGGCCGUCUACUACAGGCGGUGCUAACGAGUUUAGCACGUGGUCAGGCCAACGCGGUGUUUGACAUCCUGGCUGUACUUCUGUCCGAGGACCCUGAGGAUAUCCAGGAAGGAGUGCGUACGUGCAGCCGACUCUUCGGUACCUUGCUGGAGCGGGAAGAGCUCUUCGUGGGCUCGCUGCCACGCGAGGACGGGGUCCUGGCAGGAUCCCAGGGAGCCACACACAAAUACAAAGUUUGGAUGCGACACCGCUAUCACAGCUGCUGUAAUCGCCUGGAGGAGCUCCUGACCUAUCCCUCCUUCCAAGUCAAGGAGCUGGCCCUCAAGACACUCAUGAAGUUUGUGCAGCUGGAAGGAGCGAAACCCCUGGAGAAGCCCCAGUGGGAAAGUUACUACCUCUUCCCCCGCCCACUCUUCAGGGCAGUGGUAGGAGGCCUGCUCACAUCCGAGGAUGACCACAGCCUGCUUAUCUCCCAGUUCUGCGAAUACUUGGAAUAUGAUGAUAUUCGGUACCACACAAUGCAGGCGGCCACAAGCACUGUAGCCCAAGCCACCAGCCAGCAAUCUGAGGUGUCACCCACCUUCUGGAACAAUGCCUUCAUGUUGCUGUCUGCUGUGAACCUGCCCCUCUAAGAGCAUGACCUUACCAAGUUCUCUGUGAAGCACACACAGAUGUCAGACAAGUGGAAGGUCAUUCACUUGAAGGAGCACAGAAAAGCUUUCCAGGAGAUGUGGCUUGGGUUCCUUAAACAUAAGCUGCCCCUCAGCCUCUACAAGAAGGUACUAGUGGCUAUGCAUGACUCCAUCCUGCCCCACCUGGCUCAGCCCACCCUCAUGAUUGACUUCCUCACAAGCGCUUGUGAUGUGGGUGGUGCCAUCAGCCUCCUGGCCUUGAAUGGGCUUUUCAUCCUAAUCCAUAAGCAUAACCUGGAAUACCCUGAUUUCUAUCAAAAGCUCUAUGGCCUCCUGGAUCCAUCCAUCUUUCACGUCAAGUACCGAGCCCGGUUCUUUCACUUGGCCGACCUCUUCCUUUCCUCCUCCCACCUCCCCGCCUACCUGAUGGCUGCCUUUGCCAAACGCCUGGCCCGGCUGGCCUUAACAACACCUCCUGAGGCCCUUCUUAUGGUCCUGCCCUUUAUCUGCAACCUGUUGCAUAGACACUCUGCCUGCCGAGUUAUGGUGCAUCGUCCACAGGACAUUGAGCUAGAUGCUGAUCCAUAUGACCCAGUAGAGAAGGACUCAGCCAGGAGCCAUGCCUUGGAGAGCUGCUUGUGGGAGCUGCAGACUCUUCAGCAGCACUACCAUCCUGAGGUAUCCAGAGCUGCCGGGGUCAUCAACCAGGUGCUAUCUGUCCCUGAGGUCAGCAUUGCGCCACUCCUGGAACUUACUGCUUAUGAGAUCUUUGAGCAGGACCUGAAGAAGAAGGCACCUGGGUCAGUGCCCCUGGGGUUUAUCCCAUCCAAAGGCCUGCUGGGCCGACAGGAUCACCUCUGCACCCAGUUCUUCACUCUCACCUGACCUGGCCUCAUCUCCUAAGAAUUUUCUUUUUGUGUCUGAAACAGACUCACUUUGUAACCCAGGCUGGCCUGUAACUUGUGGUCCCCCUGGCUCAGCUUCCCUGGUGCUGAGGUACAAGGUCCACCACCAUGUCUGCGUUCAAAUAAAUGUUUUUUUUUUUUUUUUUUUUUAAAGGGAGUAUAUCUGGCCAGUCGGGUCUUGGGCAGAGUUGGAAUCUUUGGGCCAAGUUUCUUCCCUGCUAGGCAGGCAGGGUCUGCCAGAGUCCUCUGCCUUUCUUGUAGCCUGGAGGACAGGACAGAGGGCUUGGAUACUUCCACAGGGAUCCUGGGAAGGUGGCACAGGAGCACUGGGCCCAUUUUGUAAUAGGGCAGCCCUGCUAUAUCCAUCUGUGCUUAGUUUAGACUCAUGUGAGGCAGGGUACCCAAGUGGUGUCCUGGGGACACAGAUCUGCCCCAAUCUUCUGGGCUGCUGUAAGUCUACUUGCUCUUUACCACUAGAGAGUCUAGUUUCUAUCAGUUUCAUCUGAAGGUUGUUCAAAGAGAUGUCUCGGAUCUGUAGUGAUUCAAGCAGAUGAGUAUACUGUCCUGUUUCUACUCCCAGUUUGGCUGUUUGGAAUCUGUGUGAACCCAUUUGCAAGGGAUUGGCCAGUAGGCCCUACUGUGCAUGACUUGUAAGGCUUUGACAGAAAUGAUGGUGGGUGGAUUUGUUUGUCAUGUGCAGAUUUGGGAACACAGGACUGGCUUCCAUAUGUCAUUGCCUUAGCCACAUUUUUGCUCUCCUCCAGUCAUUCUGGUUCCUGCCUGAGGGCAUUUCUGCUGGCCACACCAUUUCUCUAAAUUACCCCAUUAUUCAAGCUCUGUUUGGAAUGUGGACUUGGUGGUACUCCACAGGUGGAACUGAGCUAUGAGGGUGAGAUGGUUGGGAUCAGCAAGAGGACCCUGGAAGCUCUGUGGGAUGCCCAGAACUUCCUGAGGCCAAGCUUCUGUGGAUCACAUAGAACGGAAGGUAUGGGAGUGAGCAAGCUGCCCAGGAGGAGACAGAGGAGUCUCCUGGAAGGCAGCUACCCCAUGUUAGUGACUACAGUUGUGAGUCGUCCCUCUCUGUGCUUAGUUCUCUGUGGGCAAUGUGUAUAACAUCUAGUUGGGUCAGGCUCUUUUGGGCCACCUCACAUGUUGCUUG